ACUAUUUAAGAAUAGAAUAUUUAAUAGUACUUACUAUGGUCCAUGGAUGAAAACCAAAACGGCAAAACCUAUUCACAGAUAAAAUUUGAGCUUGCCCAAGAGCUUCAUCUUCACAGGAGACAAAAUGGCAGCAAAGCUUGUCCAUUCUCCAAUCCCUGUUCCUAGUGUGGGACCUACAACAUGUGUUAUUACAAAUCUGAUGAGAACUCCCAGAGCAUUCUCAACCACUGACAUAAGUAACAAGAUGAACACUAGGAUUAAGCAGCACCCAGAUGGUUUCAGACCCAGUUCUACUGUCAAAGUUGCUGAGCAGACCUCUACUGUGGUGGGAGAUGAAGAUGAUGAGGAGGAGGCAAAAGGGUCAGCAAAUUGUAAGACAGUUGCUCAAGUAAAAGCAGAACUUUAUCAUAUACUACAAGGGAUUAAUAGAGGAAUUUUCGGGGUCCCCAUGGAGGAAAAAACUGAGAUUGAAGAUCUUGUUAAGCUCCUUGAAUCACAAAAUCCAACUCCAGAUCCAACUCAGAAUCUUAAUAAGGUGGCUGGAUGUUGGAAACUUCUUUAUAGUACAAUCAGAAUUCUUGGAUCAAAGAGAACGAAGCUGGGACUGCGUGAUUUUAUUAGUUUGGCAGAUUUUCUCCAGAUCAUUGAUGUUGUUGAGGGAAAAGCAGUUAAUGUGAUCAAGUUCAAUGCAAGAGGCCUAAAUUUAUUGAAUGGCAAGUUAACCAUUGAAGCCACGUUUAAGGUUGCAUCAAAAUCAGUUAAGAAUCCACACUUUUGGUUAUGUUGUCUUCUUUUUUAUGUUAUACAAGACACUAAUCCAUAUACGAGAUACUGCAGAGAGUUGAUAUUAGUUACAGGAACUCGAGGAUAACUCCUGAUCAGUUAUGUUGACGAUUCAUUGAGAAUAGGGAGGGAUGAUAAAGCCAAUAUCUUCAUACUAGAGAGAUCAGACGAAGACAAUCUAUGAGCAUUCUUUCUUGAUAGAUAAUUUAUAGGACGCAUGAUUGUGUUAUUGAGCAUUAUACAUGAGGAACAACGAGGAAUAAUGCAUUGAGUUACAUAUUGAA